CGCGGGCCAAUAACGUCACAACGGGGCCAAGAGAGGUGCUGAGGGGAUGCCGGUGCGGAUGGCGGCCGCAGUGCCUCCCAUGCAGAGCCUGUGCUUGGAGAACACAUCCAUCUUGUCUGAGGGGGCUCUGCAGGAUGGUCAUCGCCUCUGGAUUGGCAACCUGGACCCUAAGAUUACAGAGUACCACCUUCUUAAGCUCCUUCAAAAGUUUGGCAAGGUGAAGCAAUUUGAUUUUCUCUUCCACAAAUCAGGUGCUUUGGAGGGUCAGCCCAGGGGCUACUGCUUUGUGAACUUUGAGACUAAACUGGAAGCUGAGCAAGCGAUCCAGUGCCUCAAUGGCAAGUUGGCCCUGUCCAAAAAACUGGUGGUGCGGUGGGCCCACGCCCAGGUCAAGAGAUUCGAUCAGAAUAAGAAUGAAAAGAUCCUGCCCAUCAGUCUGGAGCCCUCGUCCAGCACAGAGCCAGCCCAGUCCAACCUGAGUGUUAACGCAAAGAUCAAAGCCAUUGAGGCCAAGCUGAAAAUGAUGGCAGAGAACCCAGACGCAGAGUUCCCCCCAGUGGCUGCUUAUUCCUACUUCAAGCCGCCUGAUAAGAAACGGACUGCUCCAUACUCCAGGGCAGCCUGGAAAUCAAAGAGAUGAUCUUUCUGAAACGGAAGCUCACCCUCCCGUGACCAACCUUCUUGUAUAUAUUGUUAACUGGGAAGAUCAGUGGACUGCCUGACUGUUGGAGAGUGCAUCGCCUUUGACCUGGCUAUCUCACCCAAUUAUGUGUGGACAUGAACCUUCUCAGUGGUGUUGGGGAAGAUGAACAAAAUAUGAUGCCAUCCCAAAAAGCUGCGAAUAACAUCUUCAAAGAAAAACCUAAGUUUGUUUUCGGUAGUAAUAUCCAAAGUUUUACCCACACCAGUCUGACUCUAAAGUAUGAAAAAAUUUUCAUCAAUGGAAUUAUUUUCUUUAAGUGCUUGACUUAGUUCUUUUUCCUAGCCAGAAAAUACUAUUGGUGUUAUUUGUCAGCGUAGAAAAUAGAUUUGUUAAAACAAACAAACAAACGAAUAGAGGGUGAUGUGAGCAGAAGUAGCUCCAGCAACCAAACCAGCUGCACAAGUUGCUUCUGUUUCAUCUUGACUCUUGUUAAAACAAACCUGUACUCUGAAAUUGGGGGUGACUCUCUUGUGUUGCUUCUUCUGCCCAGUUAAAUGCACUCGGACAUAUGUAUCAAUACGUUCUUUUUAAAUGAUUGUACAGGAAUAAACUAUAUUCAGGA